AUGGAUAGUCAGCGACGACAAACAACAACGGUCACGACGAGUGUAGAGUCAAGCGAUGAUAGCGAUGAAGAUGAUGACGAAGACGACGAUGACGAUGAGGAUGAUGAUGAAUCACCGAAUGCUUUGUUCGGGCAAAGACCAUCUUCAUCAUCGCUGUUGUCAAAUAGUAAUAGUAUGAUUGUUGAUCAAACGAAACAAGAUUCAUUAUUACCAUCAAAUAUGACUACUCAUAUGAAUCACUUUCGAUCUAUCCACCAACAGCAGCAGCAACAACAACAACAACAAUUCAGAUCGAUUUCGUAUCAUCCCGCACUUUAUGCGAAUCAACAACAGUAUCAACAGCAACAACAACAACAAUCACAAGCAUUGUCGACAACUCCAACAGUAUCUUCAACUUUUCCUCGACAACUUCUAUCCUCUCGAAGACAUGCUCUACCGACGCCAAAUCCUUCGAAUUCAUCGUGUUCAUGUUCUCAUCGUACACCAAACACGUCUACAGUCAUCACUCCAUCCAACGGAUCCAAUUCAUCUUCAGCUACAUCUAUAUCACCGUUUAUUGUCUAUCCUCCCAAUCAAACUCCCAAUGUUAUUCCAACGCUAACAGCAACGACUCAACAAACCGUCGCUCUCGCUGCUGCUGCUGCAAGUGCCGUUGCGCUCGCAUCUCUUCCACAACCUCCACCUGUUCAACAUCUUCAUUUUCAUCAUCAUCAUCAUAAUCAUAACCACAAUCACAAUCCUGCUCACUUACGUCAUCAGUAUCGUCAACAACUAACAUCCGAACUACGUCGACAACGACUCAGUUCAUUUCAACAUCAAACGUCGCCAUCCGUUUCUUCACCUACAACUACCAUCCUUACUGCUAAUCAACAAUUACAUGCUAUUCUUACUCAUCCAACAACAGCAACAACAACAAAUAAUAAUAUUCAUGCUCAUUUAACAAUACAACCAGCAACGGCUGCAUCACCAUCAUCAUCGACGAAUACAUAUAAUUUGACAUUAGGUACAACUAAUCCGAGUAUGCACGUGGCAAUAAAUACGACCUCACAGAAUAAUCAAUGGCCGUCGACACCUUUACUAUUUCGUCCAUUUCGGAAUCCACUCCUUCUGCGUAGUCAUCAUCAUCAUCACCAUCAUCAUCAUCCGUUCCUAAACAGCGAACGUGCCGAACAUGUCGUCGAAGAAUUACUCCGUAUGGAAGAACAAUUAAACGGCCUGAAUAAUGGUGGUAAUAUAGGUGCAAAUCAAGAACAUAUUAAUGCACGUACACUAUCAUAUAAAUAUGAAAAACGAACGAUAUCAACAGAUGAAAAAUGUACUAUAUGUUUAUGUGAAUUCGAUCAUAAUGAUGAUGUUCGCCGUUUACCGUGUAUGCAUCUAUUUCACAUUGAAUGUGUUGAUAGAUGGUUAACUCAAAGUAAACGAUGUCCAAUCUGUCGUAUUGAUAUUGAUUUUCGGGGAGAUUUCGGCGAUUACGUUUGUUAG